GGUGAAUGUAGGAGAAUGUCAUUACCAGCAACGUUAGUAGGGGAAACAGUGGGUGAAAUGCUUCAAGCAAAUCAAUUUGCAAGACAGAUCCUAGCUGUUGUUGAUAACAAAACCAAGAAUACUUCUGCGGAUCCUAAAACUCCAUUGACUGAACACAGGAAGCAAAGAUGUCAAUUUUUAAAGUCUCUGAUGGAAAAGGAUGAUUCGAAAUGCGGGCAGAAUGCGGUGGUGGAGAGGAAAACCAUAUUAGUCCCGAAAAGUGAGACCAUAGUUCAUGCAAUUGUUAGGAAUGUUAAAACAUUUGACUACCAAUUAAGCAAUGGUGAUAUGAAGCCAAUAAAAAAAGGUUUGAAUGGUUUGAAAACAACUCGGAAGCAGCGAUCCAAAGGAAGCAAGUGAAAAACGAGACUGUAGAGACUUGAGAGACAAAAGUGUUUGUAUAUGAGGUAAAAUUGGAUUAGAUGGAGUGUGUUAUAUAUAUGUAUAUGGGACUGAGUGAAUUUUGAUAGGUAUUAGCACUCGGAUCUCUAAAAGCCAGCAUGGUUAGUGUAACAUCAUCACCCAGUUUUAUAGGGACAAGAUUUUGGAUAUUAUCUCAAACGUUUUAAGGCCUAUUAACAUAUGGCAUAAAUUUUAAGCACAA